AAAAUUAAUCUAUCGUUGCAAUGAAAGUGCACCUCACGGUUUCGCAUUGAAAACUAGCCUUGUUGCAGUUUAUGAUUAGGGCAUUUGACGUUAGUUCGAUAUGGCGGUGUUUUUUUAGUGGAUGCGUGUGAAAAGUUUUCGCGUUUAUAAAUUUUUCUAUCGAUAGUGACCGUGUUUUUGACAAUAUAUAAUGGAAGCAGGUGCGAGUACCGGUACUCGCACGACGCGAUUUAUGAUGGAAGGUGUCGGCGCUCGAGUGAUUCGUGGACCAGAAUGGAAAUGGGGAAAACAGGACGGAGGAGAAGGCCAUGUGGGGACAGUAAGAAAUUUCGAGUCUCCUGAAGAAGUCGUCGUAGUUUGGGAUAACGGAACAGCAGCUAAUUAUCGUUGUUCAGGAGCCUUUGAUUUGCGGAUUUUAGAUUCUGCUCCAACAGGUGUUAAGCAUGACGGGACGAUGUGUGAUACUUGUCGUCAGCAACCCAUUUUUGGGAUUCGUUGGAAGUGCGCUGAAUGCGGGAAUUAUGAUCUCUGCUCCAUAUGCUAUCAUGGAGACAAACAUCACUUAAGACAUCGAUUUUAUCGAAUCGCAACUCCUGGGAGUGAAAGAGUGCUUCUGGAGCCUCGAAGAAAAAGCAAAAAGAUUGCUAUUCGAGGAAUAUUUCCUGGUGCUCGGGUAGUGAGAGGUGUUGACUGGCAAUGGGAGGACCAGGACGGUGGAAAUGGCCGUCGUGGUAAAGUAAAUGAAGUUCAAGAUUGGUCUGCUGCAAGCCCUCGUUCGGCAGCUUAUGUGAUUUGGGACAAUGGUGCAAAAAAUUUAUACCGUGUUGGUUUUGAAGGAAUGGCGGAUUUAAAAGUCGUGAACGAUGCGAAAGGACAAACUGUGUAUAGAGAUCAUUUGCCAUUACUGGGAGAACAAGGUCCGGGAAGGACUGGUCCUCAUGGUUUGCAGAUUGGUGAUCAGGUAAACGUUGAUUUGGAGUUAGAAAUAGUUCAGUCGCUUCAACAUGGUCAUGGUGGGUGGACAGACGGAAUGUUUGAAUGCCUUGGCACCACUGGGACUGUAGUUGGUAUUGACGAGGAUCAUGAUAUUGUUGUAUCAUAUCCAAGUGGAAAUCGGUGGACAUUCAAUCCAGCUGUGCUAACCAAAGUUCAAAUACCAGUGCCUGUAACGAGCUCCAACACCGACAAUCAAACUUUCGCGGUUGGAGAUUUAGUGCAAAUCUGCAAUGACAUAGAGAAGAUCAAAUUGCUACAACGCGGUCAUGGUGAAUGGGCCGAAGCCAUGGCUCCCACUCUUGGGAAAAUUGGAAGAGUUCAACAAAUAUAUCACGACGGUGACCUUAAAGUAGAAGUUUGUAGCACAGCUUGGACUUAUAAUCCUCAAGCUGUCACCAAAGUUGCCAGUAGUGACGGCAGUGUUCCAGGAAAUAGUAGCGGUGAACGCUUAUCAGCUUUGUUGAAGAAACUGUUUGAAACUCACGUCUCCGGGGACGUAAACGAAGAGCUUGUAAAAACUGCAGCAAACGGCGAUGCUACAAAAUGUGAAGAGUGCUUAAAACGACCAGAGGCCGAUGUAAAUGGUGUAUUUGCUGGCCACACAGCACUGCAAGCUGCCAGUCAGAAUGGCCAUCUAGAAGUUAUAAAAAUUCUCCUCCGUUUCAAAGCAGAUGUUGAGAUCGAAGACAAAGAUGGUGACAGAGCAGUUCAUCAUGCUGCUUUUGGUGAUGAGCCGGGCGUAAUGGCUCUCCUUGCAGGUGCAGGGGCAGAUCUCAACGCGCGAAACAAAAGGCGUCAGACAGCCCUUCAUAUUGCGGUUAAUCGGGGCCACGCGGGUGUUGUUAGGACUUUACUGGAGCUCGGCUGUCAUCCUAGUCUACAGGACUCCGAAGGAGACACUCCGUUGCACGAUGCAAUCUCGAAGAAACGAGAUGACAUGUUGGCUCUGUUGUUGGACCAUGCAGCAGACAUCACCCUUACGAACAACAAUGGCUUCAACGCUCUGCACCAUGCCGCACUCCGUGGAAACCCAAGGUUCGUACUACCUUGCAUGAUGUUACAGAAAGUUUGCGCUAUUAUACAGCUCGUGGCCAUUUAUCCUAGUCGCGUCCUACUCCAAUACUCCCAGUCGCGUUGGGCAGUUUCGGCUAUGCGACAUGAUACUAUGUUUCCAUAA